GAGUGAAAGAUGCCUGGAGAACCAUCUAUGACGACUGGAAAUAAAAGUUCUGGAAAAAUUAAACGUAUUUCUAUUCCAAGAGUUCAAAGCAGUACAGACACAGAAUUGCAAUCUCAAAGUGGAUCUACACCAUUACAACCAAUUGCACUUCAUUAUGCAGCUUUUCGGGCAGAUCCUGAUGAUAGUAUAUUACCACCAGUUUUACGAUGUAAACUUUUUGAAUUAUUUCAACAAAUAGAAAAGGAAUUUGAAGUUCUCUACAUGGAAAAUUUGGGAUUGCAAGAGAAGAUAGAUACCCUUAAUGAGAGACUGGAAAGAGAAUGUUAUGGUUCUGGAGAAAGGAAUAUACCUCUUGGAGAUGUUGCAGACUUUCCAGAUACAAAAGGUCUUUCCAAACAGAAAUCUAUGGCAGGGAAUUCAGCACCAAAAACGAAAACAACUUCUAAUAAAUUGAAGGCCCAGACCAGUAAAAUAGUUUCCAGUUUUAAAACACCAACUAUGACUUGUAGUAUGCAAAGAGAAUAUUUUGGACAUCGAGAUGGAGUUUGGGAAGUUUCUGUUGGACGAUCAGGGCAAAUUAUUGCCACAGCUUCUGCUGACCACACUGCUAGAGUUUGGGCUGUGGAUAGUGGACGUUGCUUAUUGCAAUAUAUUGGUCAUUCUGGAUCUGUGAAUUCUGUGCGCUUUCAUCCUAUCAAAGAGUUGGCGCUUACAUCAAGUGGUGAUAAUUCUACACAUGUGUGGCAAGCGGCCGUUGAUUGGGACUUACCUAAAAGGCAAAAUUCGUCUGAAGAUCUAUCAGGAUUAAGUUCUGAUAGAAAUCUUAGCGGUACGAUUACUGCAAAUGAAGAACAAGAUGAACCUCCUACUUUAAGAACUCCAGUGCGAGAAUUGCUGGGUCAUUCAGGAGUCGUGAUGGCUGCGGACUGGUUACCCGAUGCAGAACAAGUUGUCUCUGCUUCUUGGGAUAGGACUUCGAAUCUUUACGAUGUGGAAACUGGAGAAAUUAUUCACACACUAUGUGGACACGAUCAAGAACUUUCUCACGUGUCAACUCAUCAUACCCAACGACUUUGCGUUACGUCGAGCAGGGACAGCACGUUUCGUCUAUGGGAUUUUAGAGAACCCGUUCACUCUGUCUCUGUUUUUCAAGCACAUACCGAGACUGUAACAUCAGCUGUGUUCACACGUGAAGAUAAAAUUGUCUCAGGGUCGGAUGAUCGAAGUGUGAAAAUAUGGGAACUGCGUAAUAUACGAAGUCCGCUAGCUACAAUUCGAGGAGAUAGUGCUGCUAAUCGAUUGGCAGUUUCAAGCACUGGCAUCGUUGCUAUUCCGCAUGAUAAUAGACAAAUUAGAUUAUUUGAUCUUAACGGUCAGCGAUUAGCAAGAUUGCCCAGAACAAGUAGACAGGGUCAUCGAAGGAUGGUGUCAUCGGUAGCCUGGGCUGAAGAUAGCGGAGCCUGUAAUUUGUUCUCUUCAGGCUUUGACAGAUUAGUUCUUGGAUGGAGUAUUGUACCUCUUAAGGAAUGUUAG